UUAUUUUUCCUUUUCGGCUCCUCGUCCAUGAGAAUGGAAAAGAGAAUUUAGAGAGGCGAAAACUUCUUUUUGCUGUAUAAAAUUCUUCGGCUUCUUGAAACCCUAAAUAGGAGUUAAUCAGAACCCUAAAUUCUUCGGAUCCGUACGUUGUUUCAAGAUCGCCUGAGUUGGAUUUUUCCAGAAUUCGUUUGAUUCCUCGUCUCGAAAUCUGGACCUCAGUUUGAAUAGAUCUGGAUCCUGACUGUAAUUUUGAUAAUUUGGUGAAGAAAGGAGAGAAUUUGAGGAUAAAAUGGGUAGUCGAAUGAAGGAGGAUGAGAGAAACGAGAAGAUUAUCCGAGGGCUUAUGAAGCUUCCGGCGAAUAAGAGAUGCAUUAAUUGCAAUAAUCUAGGACCACAAUAUGUAUGCACAAAUUUCUGGACCUUCAUUUGUACGAAUUGCAGUGGACUACAUCGGGAAUUCUGUCACAGAGUGAAAUCAAUAUCUAUGGCUAAAUUUACUACACAAGAAGUUGAUGCUCUUCAAGAAGGGGGAAAUGAGAGAGCUAAAGAAAUUUAUUUUAAGGAGUGGGAUCCACAACGAAAUUCAUUUCCUGAUAGCAGUAAUAUUGAUAGGCUCAGAGACUUCAUUAAGCAUGUUUAUGUGGACCGGAGGUUCUCUGGGGGAAGGAAUAUGGACAGACCACUACAGGGGAAGGCUAGUCAGGAUGACUCUAAUGACAAUAGAAGAGGAGAUUCAUAUCGAAGUGCCUCGAGAAGUCCAUCGUACGAUGACCGUUACAGCGAGCGCAUUGGUACUGGUGGUAGAAAUGGUGACAGAAAUAUUAGAUAUAUUUAUGGGGAAAGAAGUCCUGGGUAUGACUCAAGUGGCAACAAGAGAAGCCCUCGCCGAUUUGAAGUGGUGGAUGACAGGGUACGAGAUGAUAAAUAUGGAACUGGAAACCAAAUAAGCAGAUUUGAAGACCGAAGACUUCCACCUAAGCCAGAGGGAUCAUCACCAAUCCAUCAGAAAGAUGUGUCCAGCCCCCCCAUGGUUCGUCCUGUAAGGGAUAUUUUAGGUGAUGACAUUCCACAACUUAAUGUUGGUAACACUGCUAAGGCCAAUGAUACCAAGGUUGCAGAUACGUCUGCUCGUCCACAGAGAACUUCAUCCCUAAGUAGCACGGGAUCUGGUGAUGAGAAUUCAUUGCAACAGAAGAAGGUUAACUUAGGGAGUUUGAUAGAUUUUGGUGCGGAUCCUGAGCCUCCUGUUGUCACUGCACAAGAGCAGCCUACUAUUCAGCAAAACACAUCUCCACCCUCUGGUAGUGGAAAUUGGGCAUUCUUUGAUAAUGCAGGCCAACAAACGGCAUCUCAAGCCAGUGCAAAUCCAGGGUCUCUGGAAUCUGCGCUAAAUCAAUUAUCAGCACCUGGACCUGCACAGACAGUCUCCGUGUCUACCCUGCCAAUAUCUGGUGUUGGUACCUCCCCCAGUGCCAAUGGAGGACAAUAUCCCUCGAUGCAGCAGCAUCAGACUUCUUUGUUUCCAUCUAACCUCAGUCAACCUACAAGUCCACCUUUCAACGCACAUGUUGCUGGAGGGCAGUCUUGGGGAUCGUCAGGAUUACCAAGCAUACAAGGAACUUUGCCUAAUUCAGGUGGACAUUCAUCUCAAGUCGCCAGCAUAUCACCUCGUCAAGAAAUAAAUGCGGGAGUUCCUUCACAACCUGCUUCUGUGGAGGCUAAGCCUACAGGAAGAAAAGAACUCCCAGCAGAUCUUUUCACUGCACUUUAUCCCUCAGCAUCUAUGUCGGUACCAGGCUGGCAAAGGGGUCCCUAUCCUGGCAUUGGGUAUGGGAUGCAAUAUCCUAUGAGAAUGCCUCAAACAAUGACUGCAUUUCCUCAUCCAUCAAAAUCUACAAACCCCUUUGAUUCCGGCAGUGAGCCUGCUUUAGCUCAUGCUCCAACGUUUCCAUCUAUGGCCCCUCUGCACGGAGCAUUGCCACAUGUGCCUGCACCUUCACCCUUAGUUCGAAGCUCCAGCUUCGGGAAUCCAUCUGCUCAAUGGGUUUCCCCACAGCAAUCACCUUUUUCACCAGCUAUGCCCCAAGGUCAAUACAUGAUGCAGCAGGUUCCUGGUGACAUGCCCCAGAUGAUGCAUAAUAAUAUGGUUAUGAUGGGACACCAAGGUACUGGAGGCCCAGCCAAUCCAAAUGCUGGGCUUGGUAAUUUAGGCAUGGACCAGCAUCCAACUGGCAGAUACUCUCUACCGAACACCCCAAAUUCUUUUGGUUCCACUGGAGGAAAUCCCUUUGGCUAGUCAUCAAAAGAGAUGCUGCUAUUGUGUUGUAAUUUUGUGGCAUAUCGUUAUUCUUUGCCUGUUAACAGCUAAAAAUGGACCAGUCUCUCUGGUUAUGGAAUAAGAAAAAUCAACCAGCCCAGCGAGAUGUAUCCUCCACUUGUGCAGUGAGAUCACAUAUUGUACCCGUUUGUGUACAAAUUAAUGUGAAGAGAGUACCGUCAUUGUUUUACUUUCCAUUUUGGGUGGGUACCGAUGGAAUUUCUUUGAGUUCCUCAUAUGUAUAAAUUUAUAUUAGGCGUCAUGAUACUCAUUUGCCUUGGGCUUGGCAUGACAUGCGGCGGAGUUUGUUGUAAUAGUUGUUCAAGGGUUUCUUUUGUUCCUCUCUGUAUUUGAGUUCGGGCCGUUUUUCAUUUAACCUUUUUCAUCCUUUAUUUCUUCCCCUCCGAGAGUAAUUAGCGUCACUUUGUGACUUGGAUAGAACUAUGUAAUAUUGUAUCAGGUCAUUUGACAUUUUUCUGUUUUUGUGCUUUAUUUGUAUCGAUUAUAAUUAGAGACAAAAACAUUCUUUGAAGCAGUUUAUUCUUCUGGUUA